CGUCCGGAGCUCAUGGACAUUCAUACACAGACAUGGUGCAUACAUUAACACGCCCACGGUCUUCAAUUUAACAAAAACUGUGUUUCUAUGUGAUAUUUCAGUGGAGUGGAGACGCUGUGGAAAGGCAGAGAAGGGGAAAGUUCUGGUUGUUUCUGGCGCGAAAGCUCUAUUGCAAAACUCUGCUGCAACUCUAUGAGGAUCUAAGCAAAAGUUAUUCCAGUUCGUGGCGUGACCAUCUGCUUUCCAUGUAACGACUGGUGGUUAAACAGCAUUGUGUUGCAACAACUGACAACAGUGUAAAAGUUGUCAGAAUUCAUUGUAAUCUACGAGGCAAGCGCAAGUCCCAUUCUUUGCCAGUUUGCGGCACAUCCCAAGAGCCAUUGCAAGUUAACUGUUUCUCUUUAUAACCAUGAUGCGAAUGCCAUGUUGCGUCUAUGCCACUGGAAUUAUCGCUGCUUUAUUAUUAAUUUCGGGCAUUGCUCUAAUGAUAGCAGAUGUAUUCCCACACUUGAUUGCCAUGAAACUCAAAGGGGAGUUCACCCUUACUGAGGGCAGUAAGGUGUUUGACAGUUGGAAGAAUCCUCCACCCCCUGUGUUCAUGGAGUUCUUUUUCUACAACGUCACAAACUCUGAAGAAUUCCUUGCUGGGCAGGAGAAGGCACGUGUUGUUGAGGUUGGACCGUACACCUACAGGGAAUAUAGGCCCAAAGCGAACGUGUCGUUCCCGGAGGAUGGGAAGGUGGCCGCCUACACCCCCAAGAGCUUUGUGUUCCUGCCCGAGAAAUCAGUGGGAGACCCGGACCUGGAUCUCAUUACCACUGUCAGCGUGCCCGCAGUGGCUGUGAUGGACAAGACAAAGGAUAGUAUGUUCAGGGCUCCAAUGGCUAACGUGUGGAUGAAGUCCACCGGCAGUGGACUGUUUACAACACGAACUGUCAACGAGCUGCUGUGGGGUUAUCCAGACCCUCUCCUGGCAAAAGCCGCCGCUUUUCAGAAAGGACUGGCGACGACUUUCGGCUUCAUGUUAGAUAAAAAUAACACGGAUGAUGGAGAGUUUGUGUACUACACGGGGGAGGCAGACUAUAUGGAGUACGGUCGUGUCCACACAUGGAAAGGUGAAAGCAAGCUGUCAUACUGGGGGUCUAACUACACCAAUGCGAUCCGGGGCUCCGAUGGCAGUGCCUUCCACCCGUACCUGAGCAAGGAGGAGCGCCUGCACGUCUUCACCCCUGACCUCUGCAGGUCCAUCUACAUGGAGUUCGAGCAGGACGUGGAGGUGAAGGGGAUCCCGGCGUACCGCUUCACGCCACCCCGCUCAGUGCUGGCCAGCGCCGCGGAGAACCCCGACAACGAGGGCUUCUGCAUGGAAAAAGUCAAGGAAAAGUGCCUGGGAUCCGGAGUGCUGAAGGUGGCAGUUUGCAAAAAAGAUGUUCCCGUGGUGGUGUCGUUUCCUCACUUCUACCUCGGCGAUGAGAAGUACCACCAAGACAUCGACGGUGUUUCUCCUCCAGUGAGGGAGGAGCACCAGACCUACGUGGACCUCAACCCGACUACUGGGAUCUUGGUCCGGGCCAGCAAGAGAGCACAGUUUAACAUCGUACUGGAGAAACUGAAUCGUUUUGCCAUUACCAAAAACCUCAACACAACAGUCUUCCCAAUGUUCUUCCUCAAUGAGACUGUUGUGAUUGACGACGUGUCGGCCGCCAGGGUGACCAAGCUGCUGACCAUCGCCCAUGUGGCCUCCAACUUCUACAUCCUCAUCAUCGGCCUGGGAGGCCUGCUCGCCAUCAUCCUCCUCGUCUACAUCAUCCUCGCACGCAGGAGGACGACCACUGCCAGAGACGAGACGACCUACUCACCAGUGAGUGCCAAAAUAGAGGACUACUCUGACAACUCCAAAAAUGGCAACUAUGUAGGGAUGACCCCCGUCAUCACCGAGCGAUCCUGAAUAGCGCCCUGACUGAAGGUCCUCUCUCCUUGAUUAUGUGAAGCGAUGAAUGCUAUAGUUGCUUAAGUGCCAAAUUAGUGGAUCAUUUUUUUUAACGCAUAUUUUUGACAUAUCAAUUGUUCCACUCUUUCUAUGUGAAAUACUUGUAAAUAUAUUGCUGUGUUUUUAGUGUUUCAAGAGGUUUUGAGAGGCUUAGGUCACCCCUUGAGUUUGUAGUGUUUUUAAAAUGUCUGUUGCAUUUCAUGUUUGCUGUUUAAAAUGUUUAUAUGUUUGAGUUGUUACAUUCUCUGCAGAGGGGACAUUGCCUAGUUUUGUGUCCCAAGUGUUUUUGUUGUGAAACAGCAUUUCAAUGUUGAUGCACUUAUUUAGAUGAAGUAUAGUAUGUAGUAUUACGUUUUAUUCUUUUAAAUUUAGUUUAUGUGCUCUUCUUUGCAAUAAGGGAAAAACAUUCUGACACAAGACUGAAGUUAUUCUGAUAUUAUAACACUGUUUUUAUUUAAGGUAAUACACACAUGGAUAAAGCACACCCCUAAAGACAGCAAAACACCCUCUCAGGUUCAUAUGAAAAUAAUAACAUAAUAUGUUUAAAAAGCAAUAGUAAAUAGUAAAAUACAUGAAUUCAUAGUUCCAUUAUCAUUUUAUGGCUUUAAGGCCUUAUAAAUAUUACCACUGACCUUUAAAUCCCUUAAAAUCCUUUUAAUACUUGUCAAAAGUUGGCAAAACUUUUUUGUGCACAAUGUGGAAUUCCUAGGGGACUUGUGUGUUAUCCACAAAUAAAUGCAGCAGUUGUUUUAUUUUUACAUACAGUAUAUGCAGGUUUUAGGUUGACAAAAUUACCAUAAUGUUGUUUACCACUUUCAACUAUUUCCCUUUUUGCAAGAAGCAAAUCUUUUGACAAGAUGAAUCAGACUGAGUAUGAUUGUCAUUACAUAGGUAGUAGUGUUCUCUUAUUUUCUUCUUCUAUCGUUUUCUGUCAUUGUUGUUUGAAGGACUUGGUUUUAUGAAGAAAUGACUGCACCGUGCAUGCAGUCGGUAAUCACUAUGGCUCUUUACUGUGGUUGUGCCAAAGACACAUCUUUUAAACAUCAUAAAUUAUUACAGCAAUCUCUGAAGACUGCAGUCAAUAUACUUUCACUAAGCAAGCAAUAACUUAAAAAGGUAGACUGAAGUGAAAUUGAGUGUUUGACAUUGCUAAUGUGUAAUACGUAUAUAAUAGCCCUGUUUAUGCUGUUGGUCAAACCUGCUGCUUGAAGCUUAGCAACUGUAGGAAUUAUUGCUCUGUACAGUUGGCCCACAGUAUACAUGCAACAGGAACUGGGCUUAAGUUCCAGGAUAUAUAGGCUGUAUACACACACACACACACAUAUAUAUAUAUAUAAAUGGGGCUAAUAUGUGCUUGAAAAGAUGCUGGGAUCGGUUGUGCUGCGUUUUAAAGUAGUGCAGUUCAUCGGCUAUUCGCCCCUCAUUGUGGUUGGUAGGGCAGGGCUAAAAAACACAACCUGCUUUGAUCAUGAGAGUUGAGUUUAGGAGAGUAUAUCAUUUCAUGGGUGGUACCCCAGUCCUUUUCUUUGAGGUUUACUUGCCCACAGCAUCUAAGCAGAGAAAAUACCACCUAUACUCUAGUCUACAUUAAAGCUCCAGUCAUCAUAUGAUCUCGAAAAGCUCCCAGAAAGAGCUCAAGAAGCUUCCUCUCAGCGCAGUUGUUUCUCCUCCCAACAGCCUACAUACAGUAUGAAUGCGAGACCUAGACACCUAGAAAGGAUUACAGAAUGUGUUGUCUGCCUUGGGAAGAAAUCAACAUUCUUUCUGUUAGGAUGUGUUAAAAAAAAUCUUAAUGUGCUUGUUGCCACCUGAUGCAAAUGGUGGUACUUUGGCAGAUUGGCAGAUCAACAUCCUCUUUUUUGACCGUUUAGAGGUCAAAAUGUUGCCUGUAGUAGUCAAUCACAUGAGCUCCUUGUACAGUACAGCCUGUGAAGGUAUAUUCCUUGUAGUGCAUCUUAGAUUCUCAUGAUGAUGCUGCUGUAGUUGUGAGGUAUUUUGUUGUUGUUUGCUUGAAAGGGACACCAUGGCGUCCUCUGUAGUCUCCUGUUGUUUAUCAAUGCUUUGAAUUAAAAAUAUAGAUUACAGAAAUAACAGAAAUCAGAUGAAGGCUAUACGCACAGUCCAAGUAACAAAUAUAGAGUGCCGUCCUUGUUUAUGAAGUUGAGCUGAAGAAUGCUUCUAUCUCUUUCUCUUUGUAUAUCUUGACUUUAGAGCUUUAAAACGAUACUGCACCAUUUCUUGACAUAAGCUAAUUUUACCCUUGAGUUUAAUAAUUGAGUAGUACUUCACAUAUUCGUUUUUUCAACCGUUCUCUUAGUCUGGGUAUGUUACUUCAUGUUCCAAGCUAGCAAUUAUCAUUGAAUCUUAUGGAACCAGCUGGAACCCUAAGAUUCCAUUAUACUAUGUUAGCUUGGAGGAAUUUGCAUUGCCAGACUCAGAACAGCUGGAAGUACAGGUAAAAAAAAUAAAAAAAAAUAACUCAAGGGGUGGUGUAGAUCUUAUUUCCAGAAAUGGUGCAGUGUGGCUUUAAUGUUUCAAUGUUAUAUGUGUGAUUAAAUCAGUGUGUGACUGUUGUAUUGGGGGAGGCAGGUGUAGUAUGUGUUUGGAUAUUCUCAGGUCCAUAUGUGCCAUUUGUGCCUUCCGCAAUGUGCAAAUAUGGUGCACGACAACAGGCUAUACAAUGUGCUGCUCUCUGGAGCUAAAACAGGGAAUGUUACAAGUCAGUAGCCAUAGAGUCACAUUUUUUGGUAACACUUUAGGGUUGCAGUCUUUUUAAAGCUUUAUUAGCACUAAGUAAUUCAUUUAUUAACUCUUAAGAAAUAAUUGACUUAUUAAAAAAACAUUUACAAAUGUUCCUAAAUGAGUAAGGAAUGGUAUGUUAACACAUACCAUGCGUACAAUGUGUACCGGCACACAUUUACCAAUAAUCAUAGUAUUCCAACUGAUUUACAAACGUUUGUAAUUGUUUGUAUUAUUUGUUAAUAAUUCAUUAAGUAUUAACUUAAUAUAACUACUAAGCGUUAAUAAACUUUUAAAAAACACUGUAUAGUGUUACCACAUUUUUCAAUGAAGAAUCAUCCACAUGCAGGUAUUCAUCAAUUUCCGUCCAUUGUGCUGUGAGAAUUUUAAAGUAACUGUAAGAGAGUUUUCAAUUGGAUUUGUUCUUUUUAAAUACCGUAUAUAGUGUCCUUUGUGUAGAACAUUUCAUGCAACUGGUCUUUGACACGUUACUCCGGUAUGCUCUAUUCUGGUGUGACUAGAGAGUUUUCCAAUGUCUUUGCAUAGUUAUUAUGUACUCAAUGAAUGUGAACAGUAUUACUGUUACAAAAUAAUAAUAAAAAAGUGCCAACUGGUGAUUUUUUUAUUUUAUUUUACCACCUGCCCCUGGAGCGUUACUGAGACGUAAUCAUGUCAGUGUUAGUUAACAUGCAAAUGUAUCUGUGAAUUUGGUAAAAGACUGACAAUGCUUUCUCUCCUAAAUUUUAACAUGUUAACCAGCAAAGUCGUUUCCUUGACUUCUGUCAGUUACUUAAAUUGCAUUGCAUUGUAUUGUUAAAUACUGUUGCACUAACAACACACUGUAUUUUACAAUAAAGAAAUAUAUAUAUUUCA